UAAAUUGGUUGCAGCAAUUUCCUCCUAAUCCUAGUUGUGGUAUGCAAAGAAUCCAAUGGCAUAAAUCGUUGAUGCGAAGCCGGAAAAUUGUUCUACUUGUAGGUUAGGAUUCCAAAGAACACGAAUUUGUUUGGGGAGAGCUCAAUUGGGAGAAGACGGAUUAGAGAUCUGUUGAAUUUUCCGCUCCAUCAAUCGCAACAAUGGGUCUCUGGGAAGUUUUUCUCAAUUGGCUUAGAAGCCUUUUCUUCAAGCAAGAAAUGGAACUGUCUCUUAUAGGUCUUCAAAAUGCUGGGAAAACUUCGCUUGUAAAUGUUGUCGCUACUGGUGGAUACAGUGAAGAUAUGAUCCCAACGGUAGGAUUUAAUAUGCGGAAAGUGACUAAAGGGAAUGUCACAAUAAAGCUGUGGGAUCUUGGAGGUCAACCCAGAUUUAGGAGCAUGUGGGAGAGAUAUUGUCGUGCAGUCUCUGCAAUUGUUUACGUUGUUGAUGCUGCGGAUCCUGAUAAUAUCAGCAUCUCCAAAAGUGAGCUUCACGACUUGUUGAGCAAACCAUCACUAAGCGGGAUCCCAUUGCUGGUUCUAGGGAACAAGAUCGACAAGCCUGUUGCCCUGUCGAAACAAGCAUUGACUGAUCAAAUGGAUUUGAAGUCGAUCACAGACAGAGAAGUGUGCUGCUACAUGAUCUCUUGCAAGAACUCAACGAACAUCGAUCAAGUGAUUGACUGGCUGGUGAAGCAUUCGAAGUCAAAGACCUGAGCAGAAGAUCAACCGCAAGUGCAACCUGUUGUGUUAUAGAAUUUUUUUGUGUCUGCGAGUUUGCUAUUGUUGAUGAAUUCACCAAUUUAUUUGUGGCCGAUGGGUUGCCUCUGCUUUUAUUUAAAACUAUUUCUGUAUUAUAUGUUAACUCACAUUUGCUUUC